GACGGCUGAUUUGAUGGUGGAAAAUUGGAGAUGUUUGAGCCCCUAGAGCAGCAGCUGCGGGCGUCCUGUGUGGCAUCCUCGUUUGUGCAGUGGUGGCCUCCUGAUGUCGUCAGCGUGGUGCUGGUACUCAGUUGAUGAAUGUGACAGCGAGUCAUGGACAGCAUAAGGGAUGGGCGCAUGUUUCCGCCUGAUUCCCUUCACUCUUCGCCUCCGCUGGUUAAUGACGUGGAUGGAAGGUUCCAAAUCGAGGAGGAGGGGCAUCAAUCAUCUGAAGAGGCUAGAGAUUAUAACCACCGGACGGGCGUGACUUCCUAUCUCUGUGACUUAAGGCAUGAAGCCGAUCAUUCGUCUACUGUCGCUAUGGCAGUGGCCGAGCCCGGUGUUGUGUCGCAAUGGAGGAUGAAGGACAGAAUGAAAACAGGAUAUGUGGCGCUCGCUUUGUGCUUGAAUAUAGGUGUAGAUCCACCGGAUGUAAUCAAAAUAUCUCCAUGUGCUCGCAUGGAAUGCUGGAUAGAUCCAUUUUCCACGACAUCUUCGAAAGCGCUUGAUGCAAUUGGGAAAAACCUCCAAGUGCAGUAUGAGCGGUGGCAACCUAGGGCGAAGUAUAAGGUCUGUCUUGACCCCACCGUAGACGACGUUAAAAAGUUGUGUUUGCAUUGUCGAAAAAAUGCCAAAAAUGAAAGAGUUCUGUUUCAUUAUAAUGGGCACGGCGUGCCAAGACCAACCCUCAAUGGGGAGAUCUGGCUGUUUAACAAGCAUUUCACCCAGUACAUACCUCUGUCAGUUUACGAUUUGGAGUCAUGUCUUGGGAAUCCAUCUAUCUAUGUGUUUGAUUGCUCGGCAGCAGGCAUGAUUGUCAAUGCUUUCUGUGAGCGACCAGAAUGGGGGACGACAACGUCUUCUACUCCCUCCAUGAGGGACUGCAUUCUAUUAGCUGCGUGUGGGGCGCUUGAAACACUUCCGCAAAAUUCUGAGCUUCCAGCUGACGUCUUUACAUCGUGUCUCACGACUCCUAUUCAAAUUGCUUUGAGAUGGUUUUGUCCACGAUCUUUACUCUCUUUGGAUCCUGAUUUAAUUGACAAGAUUCCUGGGCGUCAGAAUGAUAGGAAAACACCAUUGGGUGAACUCAAUUGGAUUUUCACGGCUAUUACAGAUACUAUAGCUUGGAAUGUGCUCCCUCGAGAGCUAUUCCAGCGGCUGUUCCGGCAGGAUCUACUUGUAGCAAGUCUAUUUCGGAAUUUCCUACUAGCGGAGCGUAUUUUACGAGCUUUCAACUGUUGCCCGCAAUCAUUCCCUCGCUUACCACCAACACAUCAACACUCUAUGUGGCAUGCUUGGGAUAUGGCUGCAGAAAUUUGUCUCUCACAGCUACCUUCCUUGUUAAGGAACCCAGGUGCAGAAUUUCAGCCAAGUCCAUUUUUUACGGAACAGCUGACAGCUUUCGAGGUGUGGUUGGAGCAUGGUUCGGAAGGGAAGAAGCCACCGGAACAACUUCCCAUAGUUCUGCAGGUUCUUCUGAGCCAGUCCCACAGGUUCCGAGCACUCGUACUUUUGGGCCGGUUUCUGGACAUGGGGGCCUGGGCUGUGUAUCUGGCAUUGUCAGUGGGAAUUUUUCCCUAUGUACUUAAGCUACUGCAUACCACGGCUGCUGAUUUGCGACAAAUCCUUGUGUUCAUAUGGACUAAAAUUCUAGCCUUGGAUAAGUCAUGCCAAGUUGAUCUAGUCAAAGAUGGUGGCCAUUUGUACUUCAUCAACUUCCUAGAGAGUCCUGACAUACAUCCUGAGCAGCGUGCCAUGGCUGCAUUUGUCCUUGCAGUUAUAGUAGAUGGGCAUCCCCGUGGGCAGCAAGCAUGUAUUUAUCCGGAAGGUCACCCAGUUGGACUAAUAUACACAUGUCUCUCCCACAUACAAGAAGCCCACAAUGUUCUUGAGGGACAACCUGACCCCUUGCUCUUGCAGUGGCUAUGUCUUUGCUUGGGGAAGCUUUGGGAUGGGGCUUCGAACGGUGUUGCUAUGGCCCUCGAUGACGAUGCACCAGCAAUUCUUGGAAAAGUUCUGUCUGAGCCACAGCCUGAGGUUCGUGCUGCAGCCGCCUAUGCAUUAGGAACUCUUAUCAAAGUGGGUUCAGAACUGUCUCGCAAUGAUGGAGGACGUGAUGAUGGUUUGGAUGAAGCCACUCAAGUUGCAGAGCAAGGAAUAGCUCGUGUGUUGCUAGAAGUUCUUUGCGACGGAAGUCCACUUGUGAGGACUGAGCUUGCUAUUGCUCUGGCACGAUUAGCUUCCAGUCACAACAGAAUGUUUCGUCAAGCCGCUGCAGCUUAUUUGAAGCCGCCAUCUCAUUCAACAAUUUUACCAGCGUCCGGAGCAGGAUACAGAAGCCCAAGAGCUUACCCUUCCUCGACACUGGAUGUUGAACAUAGUAUACGCUCUAAUGGGGGGACACCAUAUCGUUCAGGACUCCGAGUUGUUUCGAGUAAUGGCUCCGCAGGUUCUGCAGGCACUUCUCCAUUGUCGGAAAGCCAAAUGCUCGGAGAUUCAGUCAGUUGUGGAGGUUCCACAGACUUAGGCGAUCGAUCUUGGAGACGCUCUGAGGAUGGGAAUGUUUAUAUACAAUGCGUCACAGCUGUGUAUGCCUUGGCUAGGGAUCCUUCCCCCCGGGUUGCAUGUUUAGGCCGACAAGUGCUACGAAUGAUGGGAGUCGAGUCAGCUCAAAUUGUUGUGUCUGCAAGAUCUGGCGCAAGUAAGGUUUCCCGUCAUCAACGAAACUCAUCUGUACCUGCUCUGCCUCCUACUCCCUCUAUACCGGGUGUUCUGCUCCGAUCGACUUCUUGGGUAGCAUCCACUUCAGGGAAUCUUGCGAGUACUUGGCGUAUUUCAACUCCACCACCCAGCCCUCCCAACCAGCAGGCAUUUAUGGUUGGUCCUCCUAGUAGUUUACGACGGGCGGCAUCCUUGGAUAUAUCUUCAACAUUAAAUACUCCAUGGGAUGCACCUAGACCAUCGGUAAGAGUGCUUGGAGAUAAUGCUGUACAGGUAACGUCUUUAAAUCCGAGCACUGGACAUGGAAAUAUCGGUCUCGCUGAUGCCGCAGGGAUGUUGUCCCCUGGACAAUCAGCGGUAUAUCUUGAGGCGAUUCCCUUGCCAGAAUCUACAUUUUUCAAGUGGAGUUGUGGACAUUUUUCUCGACCUCUAUUGGAACCUGUUCAUGAUGAUGAAGAAGAAAUAUCAGCUCGCCGUGAAAGAAGAGACCGAGAAGCCCAGGACGGCAUUACCAAGUGCCAGCAUUCAAGUGUGAGCAAAGUCAGCGACCAAAUUGCGAGCUGGGAUACUGGGUCUGAAAUGGGGACUAAAACAGUGCUUUUGCAUCCAUUUAAGCCCCUUGUCUGUACUGCUGAUGAUAAGGAGACCAUCCGAAUAUGGGACUACGAAGAAGCUGCAGUCGUGAAUACUUUUGACAAUCAUAACACUCCUGACAAGGGUGUCUCCAAGCUCUGUUUACUCAACGAAUCAGACGAUAGUCUUCUCCUCGUUGCUUCAAGUGACGGUAGUGUGCGUGUUUGGAGAGACUAUACACAGAAGGACAAUCACCGCUUGGCAACUGCAUGGCAGACUGUGCAAGGCCACAAACCUGGUUCUCGUAGUAUCGAUGCUGUUGUAGACUGGCAACAAACGACAGGGUAUUUGUAUGCAUCGGGUCAAAUUUCGUGGAUCUCGGUGUGGGAUCUCGAUCGAGAACAGCUGAUUUCGACCAUUUCUUCUCAUUCAGAUAGUUCCGUAUCUGCUUUGGCGGCUUGCCAAACACAUGAUGCGCAUGUGGUCACUGGAUGUGGAGACGGUUCUGUACGGCUUUACGACAUCCGGUCUCGAGAUAUGCUUGUGUGUGCUAUGCAGCCUCAUGCACAUAAGGCGGUGGGCAUUGGGUUCCAACCUGGAAUGGGAUUUUCCAAGGUGGUUUCUGCUUCGCAAGCUGGAGAUUUGAAGUUCCUUGACAUGCGGAAGAGCUCAUCUCCUUAUCUGGAGGUGAACGCCCACAAGGGCCACUUGACCUGUUUAACUGUCCACCGGCAUGCACCUGUGAUAGCUACAGGGUCAGGAAAGCAGUUGAUUAAAACUUUUAGCACGAGUGGGGAGCAGCUUAGUAUGGUAAAAUACCAUAGCAGCUUCAUAGGUCAAAGGAUUGGAUCUGUCAGUGCUUUGGGUUUUCAUCCUUACAAGGUCUUGUUGGCUGCUGGGGCACUUGACUCCAUUGUAUCCAUAUACGCUGGAGAUAGUAUUCAAGGUUGUUAAUACAGUUUAGUUGUCUCUCAUCCUUCGCUGCACAACAUGCAGAACUUGAACUUUGGAGAGCAUAUCCACUCCAAUUCAGGCUUAAGGGCUUAGAUCGGGCCUAAAUUGUUGCUUAGUUCGGCUAGGUAGGAAUUAUGGUCAUCGAUUUCAAGGAUAUUCUCUCUAUGACGCACCUUUUUUUUUUUUUUUUUUUUUUUUUUUUUUUGUAAGUGUAGUCUGGUUUUAAUAUCAGUUCACCACUCUUCCUAUCUCGAAGAUUAUGAGUCUUACCAGUAGGGAACAGAGUCGAGUGUCGCAACUACUGUACUUAUUACUUCAUCCUGCAGAAAAGUUGAUUGAGUUUUAAGCUCUCUUUGAUGGGA